AGACUUUGAAGCAUUUCCCACUGAGAGGUUCAAUUAUCAAGCUCAAGGACGAAGGUAUCCAUUGGAAGGUCAAUUAUGCCUAAGAAAGUUCUCGUUGUUGGUCUCGGAGGUGUGGGUGUAAUUGCAGCCUACACUUUACAGUUGAACGCUGACUGUGAGGUCUCUGCGGUGAUCAAGUCCGAUUACGAACACGUGAAGUCCAACGGGUAUGAGUUGGACUCGUGUGACUAUGGGAAGAUCGACUCUUGGAGACCAAACCACUAUGUGAAGAGUGUGAAGGAGGCUGUUGAGUUUGGCCCCUACGAUUACGUUGUUGUGGUGGUGAAGAACAUCCCGGAUGUAUACAACGUGGAGGACAUCUACGCGGAUGCAGUGACCAAGGACACCGUUAUCGUCCUGCUGGAGAAUGGACUGGGCAUUGAGAAGCCCGUGUUCAAGAGAUUCCCAGGCAAUAUUGUCCUUUCAGGUGUGAGCAUGAUCAGCUCUGCCAACUACAGCGGCAAGGUCCAUCAAAACGGCCCUGAUUUCUUGACCGUGGGCUACUUUGAUAACGGCGUUGUGAGUAAAGAGCUUCAGCAGGAGAAAGUCGAUGAGUUCGUCAAGCUGUAUUCAACACCACAGAACAAGUGCAUCGUUGACCCGGAUGUCAAGUUCACACGCUGGAGAAAGCUGUUGUACAACGCGACGUUCAACACGGUGUGUGCACUCGUCAACCUCGACGUCGGUAGAGUGACCAUGUUUGGCGGCAUUGAGACCCUCAUCGAGCCGGCAAUGGAUGAGAUCAUCGCCAUUGCGAAGUCUGACGGCGUCACCCUGGACCCAUCCUUGAAGCAUGGAAUGAUCCAUUCGGACGAUGGUCACUACUACGCGCCUUCGAUGCUUGUCGACGUUAGAAAGGGCAACCAGAUCGAAUUACAGGUGAUCUUGGGUAAUGCGCUGGACAUCGCAAGGGAGAACGCCGUGGCGGCUCCUAUCUUGAGCAUCAUCUAUGAGCUGUUGAAGCUUGUCCAGAUGAGAUUAAAAGAACAGAGUGGUAAGAUCGUCCUGCCUAAAGAGAGACCGCUGUAAUCGGACAAUGGCUCAGUAGAUUAACGUGCCGACUGAAUUGCGAACUGUACUUUAACUGUAGAAUUAUCA